GAGGAUAAGGGGGAGGCAACCGCUAUCUUUUUUUUGCCCCCUUUCUCCUUCUUCUUCUUCUUCUUCUUCUUUUCUCUUUUUUUUCCAUUUGUACCAACGGGCACAGCUGGCUCGGGCUUGUUACAGACCAGUCCAACUCGAGUAGCGUUCCGCCCGUCUCUCGUCUCAGUGGCCUGCAUCCUGGACAGUCGAUGAUUUCUCGGCGUCUAACGCGGAACGUUUUGCGUGCGCGGGUUCGGACGACCGGCGGUGGCUUUUGACAUGGAAGAGGACAAACAAAAUGUGUCGACGAGUCAAUAAAGCCGCCGUGGACAGCCCACAGGUCGUCCUCGUCUAAGGAAUGGGGUUCUGUUCUGCUUAAAGCGACAUGGUCGAGGGAGGAAACCCGGAGGUGAGAUAGGGGCGAAAACUGUUUGGAAAACAGGCGUUUUGUCCGACAGAGGCGAGUCGUUCAGGAAGACGGGCGACAGGAAUAAAGAAGGUUUUAAAAAUAGAUUUAUAUGUGUUAACUGGGACAUAUGAGGCCGGGAGAGGCGGGAUGUGGCAUCACCCUCCGCUCUGAGUGAGUGUGGGCAGGCAGCGUCGAGCUGUUGGGGACAACCGGUGGUCGCUCCGUCCAGCCUCCCUCCCACCUUCCCGAAGCUGCUAUUUUCCUCCAUAUGCUCGGCAAAUACCGAAUCGUUUUUCAGUUUUCAAGUGCCUGUCCCUGCUCCUCUCUGUGACAAUUCAAGUCUCGGCUUUGGGAAAAUAAAGGGGUGAAUCUGUAAAAAAAAAAAAAAAAAAAGAAGAAGAAGAAGAAGAAGCGGAGGAGAGAAGGAAAAAGGCACCCCAGGAGCCGCCUAUAUGAAGAUGCUGAUGUGUGACCGCGGCGUCCAGAUGCUCGUGACGACGGUGGGCGCGUUCGCCGCCUUCAGCCUCAUGACCAUCGCCGUCGGCACGGACUACUGGCUGUACUCGCGCGGGGUCUGCCGCGUGAAGAGCAGCGGCGACAACGACACGAGCCGCAAGAACGAGGAGGUGAUGACGCACUCCGGCCUCUGGCGAACCUGCUGUCUGGAAGGAACAUUCAGAGGUGUAUGUAAGAAGAUUGAUCACUUUCCAGAGGACGCAGACUACGAGGCGGAUGCCGCUGAAUACCUCCUACGUGCCGUUCGCGCCUCCAGUAUCUUCCCCAUCAUGAGUGUUGGUCUGUUGUUCCUGGGGGGGCUUUGUGUGGCUGCCAGUGAGUUUUACCGGAGCAGACACAAUGUCAUCCUCAGCGCAGGAAUCUUCUUCGUAUCUGCAGGUCUGAGCAACAUUAUUGGAAUUAUUGUCUACAUCUCAGCCAAUUCUGGAGAUCCAGGUCAAAGUGACAGCAAGAAAUCCUAUUCGUAUGGCUGGUCCUUCUACUUCGGCGCCCUCUCCUUCAUAAUGGCGGAAAUGGUGGGUGUGCUGGCGGUGCACAUGUUCAUCGAGAAGCACCGCAAGCUGCGCGCCAAGUCCCGCACCGAGCUCAUCAAGAAGUCCGCCUUCAGCCGCAUCCCCUCCUACCGCUACCGAUUCCGCCGCCGCUCCAGCAUGCGCUCCUCCGAGGCCCCGAGCCGAGACACGUCGCCGCUGGGGAAGGGCGGCUACACGGGGCCGGCCGCCUCCGAGAUGCCCAUGUACACGCUGAACCCGAGAGAAGCGGGCAGCGCGGGCGGUAAAGCGGGUAGCGGCAUGGGUGGGCUGCUCAACUCGGAGAGGGAUUUCCUCCAGAGCAGCACGCUCACUAAAGACUACAACAAGGACCCCAACCGCAGGACCACACCAGUCUGAGGGAAUCUGGCUGUAGAUAUCACCCAAUCAGAGUGUCAAAGAGGAGGAGGAGAAAUCCAGUGGAAUUCCAAGCAAACAAACGGGAAUACGAAGGGUUGUGGGAUUGGGAAGGGGUUUGAUUAACCCUAACUGUGAACUAUGAAAUUUUUAGCCUUUGAACUGUGAAUCUUUUGCGCUCUGAGAGUUUCUUAGUGUGUAGCAGGGCAGGUUUUGAUGGAGAAGUUCUUCCCAACAUUCGUGUGCGCCUGAAACACCUUAAAAUGAUUAUCUGUAGCCGCUUACAAAUGACAACUGUAGCAAUUUAGGUUCAUUAUUUUCAUGUUCAUAAACUGACUUUCUGACAUUUUUAAGGGGAAGAGAAGAAGACAUACAGAGUUGUUGUUUGGAACAACUUCUCCUGACAAAUCACAACUGAUGUGAAAUUAGUUGUGAGAGAAGAGAAAACGUGCAAUCUUUGAUCUUCACACCUCUCUCCUCCUGUCCUUUUGGGUAGCAGUAGAGCCGGAGGGGAACAGUUAACUUUCUAAAUGUGAUAUUAAAUAGUGAGAAAGUUAAACUCACAAGGCUUAAUUCAGUUUUGGAUCGGCCGAGUUCAGAAGAGAACAGAAAAUCUGUGCCAUUGACAUUUGUUGAAGUGAUUAUUUCUACAUUUGUUUACUCGUUUCAUAUGAACUGACUUCAAACUGAGCUGAAACUGAAUUGAGCCGAUUCCAUGAUUCCUAGAUCUGCCCGAGGCUGACUUCAGAUCAGCUGCUGGAGAGUGAGCAGAAAAGUUGACUCAACAAAUCUUAACAUUCGAUCGUUUGGUGCUUCCUCUCAGCUGUGUUUUUUCUGCCACUUCUUGAGUUUUCUGUACCUAAAAAAAAAACUCCAGACGACCAGAUAUUUGUCUGUCUGCCUUCACAAAUCACCUUUCGCCUUCCAUGUCUUUGCGUGUGGCCCCAUACUUCACCUCGCUGACACCCUCCCCGCACUCUGCUUUCCCUGUACUUAAAGCGACGGUAGAUUUAGCUUUCGUCUUCCUCGUAGAGUAGUUAGGUUUUCUGGAUGUUAUUGUUUCAGGGUAGAGUAAGGGAUGGCGUCAGUGUAAGGGAGACCGCUGAGCUGUGAAGUAUACAUUAAGGCAGUGCCAAAACAAAAACAAACAAAACAAAAAAAAAAUGCACUUACCGAACUAGAAAAGGACCUUUUGUGUCUGCCCUCUACCUCUCCUGUCAGCAUCUUUAAUUCAACACGACGUUGUUUCUGCUAAAGCAACUGCAAAAAAAAAAAAAAAAAAACUGCUGCAUAAGUGAAAAGAGACAGAAAUGCUCCUUUAAUUGAAUCCAAUGGAGUGUCUUAUAUAAAAGGAGUUAAAAUGUAUCUAUCUGUAAUUCCAGCAGCACAAUCUCAUGCUGCAAAAUUUUGGAAAACCAAACCUUUAAUUUUUGCAUAUUUAUUCAGUUGGGGGGGGAAAUUAUGUUAUUGUUAUUAUUGUUUUGAUAAAAUUAUUAAUUGCUCUCCACAGUAUCUGUGAUGACUUGGGUCAAUUUUUCUUCCCAACAACCUGCGCAUCUCAUAAGAGCAUCAUGAACAGAAAAAUCUGCCCAACAUUAAAUGUUACUAGAUUAUGCUACUGCGAUUAGAGAUGAAUUUUAUUUUAAGGUUUGUUUUUUUUAAAUACUUUUGCCGGGGAUGCCCAUCGAACAGAUGUAAUGCAUCGCAACGUCCAAAAACGCACUGCUGUCAUUUAAACGCGUCGCCCCGCUGCCUCCCGUGUAAACAGGCUGUUUUAGUAAUAAUGUUUGCAAAGGACUGAAAUUAUUCUACAUCCCAGCAUUUUGGGAAUCGUGUUUUUGAAUCAUUCCCAAAGAGAGAAUCUAUAAAUAGCAUCUAAAGGCAAAUUUGACCAUUUUCGUGAUAGAAAAUGCAAAGACCGCUACCUGAUUUCAUCCAGAUAUGUCAGUGUGCUCAGUGAUCAGCAGCCGUGGGAGGAUUGUGUCAAUAAAAUGUUUAAUAAUGGCGACUAACUUAUUUUAAAAAAAAAACAAAACAAAAAAAAACGUGUCUGUGCCAGUGAGACUUUCUCAAGUCCUUAAAAAGAACAACAAUAUUUAUAUUGCCUCUUUGUCUUCUAGCAUUUACUGAUUUGUCUGUAGAGUUAUUGCUGAUAGCAGUGAAAAGAAAAAGAAGCCAUAAAAAAUAGGGAAGAAUCUGGGAAGACUUGUUUUGGUCAAACAGCGCUGUGUUAAAAUAGUAUCCCACGCACUGAUUUCUGAUGGGGGUUUUUUGUUUGUUUUAUUUAUUUAUUUAUUAAUAUUUUAUGUCUGACAAAUUCACCUGAGUAAAUACAAAAUGCUGUUUUCAGAUGACCCCCUAUUGGUGGUAGUGUGACGGUCUGGGACUGCUGGACCUGUUGCUUCCUCUGAACCGACCCGAAACAGAUCCACUUAUAAAUCACUCACUAAAAAGAGAGGGUUUGCACUGUCCUAGUCAAAGUUCAGACUUACAACCUGUUGAGAUGCUUAUGCAGGCCGUUCAUUUCUAAACACACCGCAGUGCGACUGAUUUACGGCUCUUCUGAGGUUUUGAUGGCAGCUGUUGUAACUUAAUGAAUCAUAGUAACGAAUGAAAGAAUAUGUUGGAAAAGCGGGAUAUCGUUUAGAAAUAAAACUCGAUGAGUGAUUGGAAACAAAAAGAAAAAACAGAAGAAAUCUGUAAGGAGGUAAAAUAUUUUUUCAUAAAGUAGAACGUUUCACAGCAGUCUCUUGGUUGUUGUUGGGGUUUUUUUUUUUUGUUUUUGUUUUUUUAAUUUCGUUUAUGACAAAAAAUAUUUCCAAAUGUGUUUCUUGCCUCCCAAAGCCAUCAUUGCACUCUUUUUGUACAAAUUAAAAGACGAGCCGACGCACUCUGCUCUGACAGUCACCAACGAUUAAAGAUCUUCGAGCCGCAGUCAAACUCCUUAACUCACAAAGCUGCUGUUCGGUCUCCCAUCUUUCACGCCAUAAAGGGAACAGACGGGCACCUGUGCGUGCUGCCCCGCCACCUGCGAAUAUUAAUUUUGCAAGCUAACCGCAAAAUCAGCCGCUGCUGUGGGCUGCGAGAUGAGGAGGAGAGAGGGGGAAAAAACACUUCUCUCUAAGCAAGGGCUUUUAAUUUUUAAAGAACAGGAGCACACAAGGGUUUUUUAUGCUCAGCACUGCAGCAAUGUCGCUUUUAGGGGUGUAAUCUUGAAGGGAGAUGUGGGAAAAGCAAAAGACAUUUGCACAGAAACAACUGUUUUAAAACCAGCUGAAUAGCUUAGUGGUAAUAUAACAUGCUGUGAGCAAAAGAGAGGUAGAAGACGUUCCUCUUCCACCCAGCUUUUUUUUUUCUUUUCUUUUUUCAGUAGCUAGAGAAAAUAAAUACUGCCUUAAAGAAAUAUAGGAUGAUUCUAAGUUAUUGGAGUUAAGAUUCAGAGUACUAGCUAACUGCUCAGAAACAGUGCCAAAUAUUAGUCAAAAUGUCUCCCGUGUGUCUCGGCGUCCGGGUUAGCUUUAGGUCAUAGAGUCACUGCUGUAUAUAACCGUUUUCUGUGUAGGAUUUACAGACUCAGCAGUCGUAGCUACGUAGCUCAGCAUAAUGAGGGGCCCCUUAGAUCCUUAGGGUCUGCUAGGCGCCAUGUUUAGUACUGCCAUCCAUGUCAGCAUCGACCAUUCAACCCCAUGCAUGCCCAUAUCCAUUCGCUUCCAGUGCUUAUAGAUGCUGUAUCUUAAAUCGGGCCUCAAACAGCACCCUGACCUCUGCACCCGGUCGGGACGCUCGGUGGGUACGUCAAGGACGCUUCGCCCGAGGCCUAAUCUCUGCGGAUGUUUACCCCGACGGAGCGCGGGGGGCUCUUUGAGACUCUCUUCCUGCCACCAUUCAGCUUUGAUACUCUGAUAUCAACAAGUAAUUGUAUUAUUAGUAAAGAAUUAUUCUAAAGGUGCCACUGUGCAGAGGAGAACCAACUCUGUCACACUAUAUACUUAUAAUGAAUAUAUUCAUUUGAGGGGAGCGGGGUUCAUUAUGGGGUGCAGAGUUGGGAAGCAGGAGUCGUAGUCUUUCUAUUAUAUUAUUCUAUAGUUUCCUUUUCUACUUCGUCGUGGCAGUGAGGUUUUGUUGUUUCAAUCAUAUCGGACGCCUCCGACGGGAGAGACGAGCGAGGAGCCGGCGGACUGCUUGUGGACGUUGACCUCGCCUCACUGGUGCCAGAGACUGCGUUACCCAGCGAGACUUGCAGCACACGCAGACACUAACACGCAAACUUCAGAUUCCUGCACCUACAAGUUUCUGUACUUCUGAGGACAAUAUAUCCAUCCUCAAGCUAGAUGUUUAAAGCAGAAGGGAGUGAAACAGGAUACUCAGCCUGUCAAGCUCUUCUUAGUGCUUUAUUUGACACUGUGGCAAAUGGAGAAACAAUUUUGCAGGAAAGCUGGCUUAAUUCAUUUAUGUUUCCGGAAUCGAGUUGAGGCCAUCGCUUUAUUUUGAUUCUAUAAACACUUCCCUUCGCCCGAGGUCUGGCUUAAACUGCCGGUGUCCUUGUAUAGAACAAGGACACUACGAAACAGUGCCCAGCAAUCCUUUUUCAACCUGGACUAGUAUCCUCAUCCGACAACUGACAGGACACAGCAAUGUGUUUGGAAAGGCGUAAUAUGGUCUAAAAGUGAAAAUAUGGGACACCCCCUGAAGAAGACAAUACGCCAUCCAUUAUCACCAAAGCUUUUACAACAAACCGAUAUUCUUGUGAGUUUUAACAUGCUAUGUGUGAGUACUAACAUGUUACCAGUGUUAUCUGUUGCUGCACAUCAUCAGUAAGCUGGGAGAUAGAUGGCUACUACACUUUUCCCUUGCUUACAAGAAAGAUACAUUCAAAUUGUUGGAGAAAAAAAAUGUUCCGUUAAAGUCAAUGCCAAUCUCACACAGGCCAAUCCCUCACCUAGUAGCUAGUUCUCUAAAAAUAUUACUGAAACCAAAGGGUACAGGCAUUGUGUUGAAAUCCUUGUCCUCAUUAGUACAGAAACAGAACCGCAAGAGAAUAAAUACACAUAUAUGAUCACAAUUGCAUACACGCAGACAUUCCACCAUGAAAAGAGACAUGCACAGACGCCCACACUGAGACAGCACCCACUCCAGCUUUGCCCAGUGCGGUGCAGGACAGAAGUGCGUACUGCUCUAUGAGAAAUCACUGUGUCACGUUUAGUGGUCCUUUGGGAGGAAAAAAAACGACAAACUGUUCCCAACGACCCGAUAGGUGGAGCGUUGAGUAAACCGAGCCAGCUAAUCACACAUGGACAACCGGAUGAACUGAAAUGUGAAUUCAACGGUGUAGCUCCGAUACAAAAAGACUCGCUAUGUGCACUCCACAACUGACACUCACUACCAGCACACACUCUCACAAAACACUGACACGAAUAUGGUUACAGAGUGAGGAGGGCCUCCAGGUGGUUUUAUGUGCCUGCAUGUUUGUGUGUGCAUGUUUUUGUGCGCGUGUACGUGCGUGUGUGUGUGUUGACGUUUAUUUGUGUGUACGUGUGGAGUUAGCCUCUCCUCACCCAUGCACCCAGUGCCUGCCUACCCUGCCUUCAAACAGCUCCGACAUCAGCUACGGGGCUCCCAGGACAACCGUUUUCUGCAUUCCCAUGACACAGUAUGGUUACACUGGUUCAGAGCUAAAUGCCCCACUCAUUCCUAGGCAGUCGUAGCCAUACGAGUUGAUUUGGCUGCUUUGAUUUCAGUGAGUUCUGGUGGUCUGAGCUUUUGUUUUACCCUCCGGGUUUGACGGGACUUCGUAGCAGCAGCCUUCUUCUCAGACCUGACGGGUUUUUUUCUUCCAAAUUUCAGUCUGUCUGUUCAAUUGUAUUAAAGCAGAAAGCUCCUUGCAGGAAAGGGAAAAGUCUGAUGACUGUCAAUGUUACUAAAACGUAGGCCCAAAAGGAGCAAUGGAGCUUUUACUAAUUUUGUAGAAUAAUGGACACAAACUUUACCCUCUCAUAUUUGCUGACCUCAGUGGGUUUUCAACAUAAAGUCAAGUGUGUUUGCAGGGCCGCUCCAUGUUACUUAUUUUGUUUCUGGUGUUAGAAGACGCCAUGUCUUGGUACUGUGGUUGAGAGGACGAUGUUUGUCUUUGAUUCUUGAAAAUGAUGUAGCUCUAUCAUCGUGAGGGAUAAGAAAUAUAGCAAUAGGUGGCGAGGUUGCAGUAGUGUCCCGGCUAUCAUGAAGAAACAAGCUGAAUGCCAAAGCUGUUUAUUUUACUGGUCAGUCCAUGUUCCAACUCUUGGCCAUUGUCACUAAUUAGAGAUCAAGACUCUCAAGAUCCCAUAUUCUGCCACCUGAAAUGAGCGGUGCGGUGGCUGCUCUCAACCUUAGCAAUGCAAAACCAACAUUAAUUGAUAGAUAGAUGCUCAUAGUAUCAAAUUAGAACAACCUGGUUUAACUUACAGUAACCAAAACUUCUCCCCAGAUAAAACAAACACCUUCCUGCUUAAGGGAUUUUAGCAGUUUUAUAUGAUAGAUUUACCUGCUCAACGAUUUUAAGACAUUUUAGCUUUUUCUACAGUUGUAGGGAUUUACAUUUUUGGAGACGUAAGUCCCCAAUAAUACAGCAGCCAAUAUUUAAAAACGUAUUUUGGUCUUGUUGAUUGAAAGCUUGCAUUUAUAUUUCCUUGCUCAUUUUCAGUUCAUCAGCCAACAGAUUCCCUCUCUGCUGUUAACGCUGCUUCGACCUAAUACAUUUAUGAUUGAAAUGGCGAUGGAGCUGUUAACGUGAUAACUCUGUUGAAUUUCAAUUUAGUCAAAUUCAAAAUUGAAGUGUCUUGCAGAGUUUUGUAUUUGUUUACUUUGUGGCCAGACACACAAAGUUCUUGCACAGAAAUUGCAAUAUGGACUCCAGACCUCAUGGUUUCCAACAUGUGACACGUCCAGUCUAGCUAAUUUUAGUGGUUGCGGUUCUAAUGAUGAAAAUAAUUCUGAAAUAUUUUCAGUACUACCUCAGCUGGAUUUCCAAGUUCACCAGGCUUGCGAUAUAAAAAUGUAAUUUCUGAGACAUGACGGGUCAAAAAGAUUUACUGCUACUAGGCGCCAACAUGUUUACCUCGCUGUGUGUGGCCAUGUCAAAGUCCAGCCAACUAAUUAUGAGGAAUAUCACAGACAUAGUUGAUUGAUGUUUCAGGAUUCUGUUCCAUAACUGCAGCUGCACGGCUCUGUCUGUAAUAUUCAAUAAGAGCUAACUUUGAGUUUCGCUAGCAGUUGCACUGCGCGCGAGGAAUAAACCCACUAGCGAUAGCCUUAAAGGGCUGCGACUAUCCUCAGAAUCUGUUACAGACAUUUUCCACUUUACCUUUAUGGCAAAAAUGGUAUAAAUCAGUGUGACAUAAAUAUGCAGCAAUCAAUUUGCCUCAGACCUUGAAAAUUAGGAUGAUUAGUGGGACUUUUAGCAACCCAAGUUUCUAACAAUGAAUUUGUCUUCUUCAUUAUCAUUAUUAUUAUUAUUAUUAUUAUUAUUAUUAUUAUUACUAUUAUUUUGUUUUCAUUCCAACAUUUGGUAACACUUUAUUUGACAGGGUGUGCAUAAGACUGACUGUCAUAAACAUGACAUAACACCUGAACAUGAAGGAGACUUUAUGAAUGUCUGAGUGUUAUCAUGAAGUAAUUCUGUAAAUAACGACUCUUUUGAUGCAAAGUUGCUUUAAAAGUUGCAUUAAAAAUCCACUAGAAGUGCAGACUUUGUAUUAUUUUGUAAAUAAUGUCGCUUUUAAUGCAAAGUUGGCACUUUCAAUGGACUUCCAAUGCAACUUUUAGAGCAACCUUGUUGUUAUUUACCUAACAACACUUUAUGACAACAAUCAUAGACAUUCAUAAAACUCCUUCGUGUUCAUAACAGGUGUUAUGUCAUGUUUAUGACAGUGUCAUAACAGUAUUAUGUCAAGUAAAGUUACCAAACAAAAUAGUAGUAUGCUGGUAAAUAGAAGUUUUGCAGUACUAUGUGUGCUACUGAUUUACUGAGCUACAAACAGAUAUGUGACUAAAUGUAAUCCCUCCUACUGCUAGAGCCAUGUUUACGCCCAUGUUGGAUUGUGACUCUCUUAUUGUCCUCUGACUUUCCAGGUUGGAAUUGCAACUUCAAGUGGUGUUUUUUGGGUUAUUUCCAACUGGGAACUCGGGAAAUUCCACUUCUGGGCACAUAGGGAACAGUCAACUCACCAAAACUGUGAAGUUGUACAUGUUAUGAUAUGGAUGGAGUUAAACAACACAUUCCAGAUGUAGGAUCAAACCUUUUGACAGCUCAUUGGUCACAAGUAGCAAACGGAAAGAUGCUUAUUGUUUGGUCGAGACACAAAAUCAAGCUUUCAGAAGUCACACCGCAAACACGUGACUGGUAUUUGCAGGUUUUUAAAGCACGAUCUUCAAAAGAACACUGCCCCAGUUUAUAGGGGUAAAUCUGCACCGACUCGAUGACAGGUUAUCUGGACUUACCUCUACAGGCUUUCUGGGUAUUCCCUGAAAAGUUUUCUGGUUUCUCACAUGUAGCUAACCAAGCAUUAAUAAGAGCUUCAGCAUGUCAAAUGGCUAACGACUGUAACCUGACUCUGUCCACCUCAAAAGGACCUGAGGACUGUUAGAAAACAAACGCCAGAGCAAACUCAGGGGAAGGCUCAGUGACAUUUGCAUUAAUUAUUCAACUAGAUUGGGGUUUUCUUUGUGAGUACAGGAAAUCACAGUUACUGACUGAAGGCUCUUUGGUGUGAGAUAAAGUGUAGCAUAUUAGUGAGUAGCAUCACUCUUGUGAGUUUUGUUUUGUGUUGUUUUUUUUGGGAAAGAAUGUGUUGGCAGGAAAUGUAGCAGGUGGCUGGAUGAUCAGACAGUUCUCAGACGAAUGUGAGGAGAAGAAACAGGAAACAACUGUUACUCGUGUUUUCUUUUGGGGCGGGGCGCAUUGGGCAUCGUGUUUCCUUUCAGCGAAAAUGAAAGCCUCAAGUCAUAUGUGCAGCUGAAACCCCGAGUAGCCAUUUUAAAAUGCAUAAGAAAAACGCGGGUGAAAUUUUUCAAGCAUGCGCCAAAAAGCGCUUUUGACGGGUGACAGACGUCUGGUUGGAUAUUUGGGCAGCUUUUUAUUCCUGCUUCACACCUCUGAGCCCUGAUGAGAAACAGGUAGCCCUCUGCAAACAUAUAUAAUGCACACACAUGCAUGCACAAACAUGCUGGCUCUUAUACACACACACACCCACACACACACAACUCUUAGCCACUUUCACUGUAUACUUUACAAUGUGAACCUCCAACAAACAGCGGUCUGACAUGGACACAUGCUGUAAAAACAAAAGCACACUUUUACUUACAUUAUAUUAAUAUGAAUACCUAUAUGAAUACAGAAUAAUAAUUAGAAAAUAAAGAAACCUCUUUUCCAAAAUGUCUGUUGUGGAUUUCUAUUUAUUGUAAAACAUGUCUGAUGUCUCAUGUCUGAUAUAUUUAUAUAUAUAGAAAUUACAUAAAAUAAUCUUUUUUGGGUGAGUCUUCAUCAGAAACAAAAUGCAGGGCUUUAACGGGGAGGAAGUAAGUGCACUGAGUUCACACGCUUCCAACUAAACCUGCAAUCGCAGACAGAUGUGUAUCAUUCUGCUUUAGCUAUCUGAUGGAUAAAAACGUCUGCUUAUCUCCACAGCUCCGGCGCAGGUCCCUGAAAAAUGGAGAGAGAGGAAGAGAGAGAGAGGAUGGGUGGAAGGGGAGAGCUGAGCGAGGAGAGGGGCAGCUGAGGGGAGAAGCAGAUAUGCUCAAAGUUGAGAAAAUGCAACCGCAUAAUGGAGGACUAAUGCUUUGUCACAUUAGGUAUUUACUGAAACUUUAUGUGACGGCCUCCUUAACGUAGCACACAAUUGUAAAUCGGAAUCACAAUGGCAUGUGGUUUUCCAAUGUUUUCGCAAAAUAAAUCCUGAAAAAUGUG